CUAACUACACAGACCACCCUGGAGGUGUGGAUAGCUCUGAUUUUGAACUACUUAAAGUCCUUGGUACAGGAGCAUAUGGAAAAGUUUUCCUGGUACGCAAGGUAACUGGACAUGACAGUGGCCAACUGUUUGCUAUGAAAGUUCUAAAGAAGGCCAGCAUUGUCCAGAAAGCCAAAACUGCAGAACAUACAAUGACUGAACGUCAGGUAUUAGAAGCAGUCAGAAGAUGUCCUUUCCUAGUGACACUACACUAUGCAUUUCAAACAGAUUCCAAGCUUCAUCUUAUUCUUGGUAAGACAAAACAAAAGUACUUUUUGUUUGUUAACAUCUGAUGUGGCUAAAAAAAAUGUAUAGCUUUUCAAAAGAUAUACCGUUUGCUGAAUUUUGCAAUCAAUUUUUCCAAAGCUUUUUUUUCUGGAAAUGACAGAGGGGCCAUCUUGUUUAGCUCUUUCAUACAGCUGGUUUUGACAUU